AAGUCCCUCAGUCCAAUGGCUCUUUCCCCAAUAAUGACUGCAUUUCCCCUCUGGGCGAUUAUGCAAAUAUGGGCUUCACUGAUGUUCCUCCGCCCUCCUGUAAAGACACUUUAAGGGUCUGCCUUGGAGAGGAAGGGUGAUAUAAAAACUGGCGAUACCAAGUUUCCAAGGAGGUGCAGUCCAGGUGGAGAGAGAUCCUUCUCAACAUGGAGGUUAUUCUUCUGGUUCCCAUGCUAGUUUUCCCUCAUGUUGUUCUACAGCCAGCAUCAUCUGCAGGGGCUCUCCAACCCCCCAAACUCUCGGUACAGCCAAAUUAUCCCGAAUACUUUGAAGGCGAUAGGGUUGUACUCAUAUGCUCAGCUUCCCCAAAUGAGACGGUGGAGGGAUACAGGUUCUUCAAUCAGAACGGGCAACAGAUUCUCAAAAUGGCUGCCGACCCUUAUCAAAAGGGCAAACUGGUUUUUAGGGCUGAAACGAACAACACGGGAAAUUACAGCUGUGGUUCCUGGAUGGGGAAAGCUGACACAGAGGUCACAUCUGCCCGAAGCAACUCCAUCUCUCUACAAGUGAAGGAACCCCCAGAAGCCCCCGCUCUCUCUUUGAACCCCUACCUCAUCAAGGACAACCUGGGAGAUUCGGUCAGCCUUGUGUGCUCAGCUCCACCUGAAACGAAGAAUCUCAAGGAGUUCCAGUUUUAUGGCGACUGGAUUAGCGUCUCAGCUGUGGCUUCACACGGCAACAUCUACAUCUACAACAUGAGCAUCAUGAAGCUCAAGAAUGUGGGACUCUUCAGGUGUGGAUAUGUAGUGCAUCUUUCUGGACGGAAAGUUAUUUCGAAGAAGAGUAACCCUGUCACUGUCGUUGGACCAGGCACCAGAUGGGAACGGAUGUUGGCUAUUGGCGGGUCCUUCUUCACCAUCAACAGCUUCAUCUUCCUCAUCUCCCACUAUUGUUUUUAAACCACAGGUCUCCUCUGCAGAGGACUGAAAUAGCCCCUUUGCCUGGCUGAUUGCAGUUCUACCCUUAUCAGCUUCUCUUCAAUCAGAUUGUGAUAUAUUGCUUCAUUCAUCAAAUGAACUGGCUUCCCCCACAAAUCACAUUUCACAGAGGGAAAACCUGGUUCCUCCCAUCAUGAAAAGAGAUUGUUUUGAUGGUGUUUCAUUUUAUGGACAUUAUUACAUUUGUAAACACAUAUUACCGAUUCCAUUAACUUGAGGAAAACAAUUUUAACAUUCUUUUAAAAAGGAGAGAGAAAGGAAAAAUCAACAGCACCACAGUAGUUUCAAUUAAAAUAGAUUUUGAGCUUUGUUA